AGGCUGCGCUAGUUCGCUUUGGGUAGCGGUGAGGUGACUGCAUAUCGUGUGACUGAUGUUUGACGUCUAACAUUGGAAGGGGACUUGCAAAUACCAUGUGCGGAGAGAAUACCACUGUGUAAUGUGCCGGAAGUAAUUGACCCUCUCGGAUUGCGCAAUCGCAACGAUGGAGUGGGGGAUUGAAUAUGGCUUGGAGGAAUUAGGAUAUGCACGAGAAUGUGCAUACAAUGGGUUUUCGAUCUAGUCUGCCUGUCAUAGACGACCGAGAACUUCAGCAUAUGCCGAUCAGGUCACGUUCCGCUUGUGAUUUGUGGUCAGCCUGGACAUCGACAGCGACGGCCUUCAUAGCCCCCGACCGCAAUGAACCUUUUGUCGUUACUAGAAACUCUCAUCAGCAAAUGCUGACUUAUGAAACUAAAUUGGAAACUAGAAAAUCACAUACGAUCUUUAGCGGCACGACAAAAAACAUGGUUCUGUGUGUAUACGGGAGUUCAUGAUAGGAUUUCACACUUCGCUUACUGCGAGCUUCGUUGCUAUGAACAC